GAUCAGUACUAUCUAUAUUUGCAGCUCUGAAAGGCCAAUUAGGAUCAGUUUGAACUGAAACCGACUCCCGGAUUAUUGGUGUUUUGUCCGUGUUCAUUUUAUUUCGCAAUCACCGCAAUGGAUCCGUACGACAGCGACUCUUCCGGCUUUGAGGAUGAGGGGGACUACACUGAGACUGGAGUCGUGCUGGGAUACGCCUCGGAGGAGAUGAUUGAGGACACUGUUACCCAUAUCGGUGGUUGGCCAACAUGGCUGGACGAAUCUACCCCGCCUUCCGGCGAAUUCGCCAAAUGCAAAGUGUGCAACAAUACAAUGCUCCUCCUCCUCGAGCUAGACGGCGAGCUGUAUGAGCACUUCCCCGACGCUGACAGACGCUUGUACAUCUUCUCCUGUCCCCGCAAAGCAUGCAACCGAAAAGCAGGCAGCAUCCGAGCCCUGCGCGCGACAAGACUACACAAGAGCCACCAGGCGCCGCAAAAGAUUGAGAAGCAGGAACCGGAGAAGAAGGUGGUCGAACAGUCCCAGGCACCCAAGCCGGAUCUUGGUGCAAGCCUGUUUGGUAGCUCAACUCUCACCAAGAGCGUCUCUGCGAACGCAAACCCUUUCUCGUCAAAGCCGGCUUCAGGUUCUACACAAUCAAGCAAUCCGUUCGCUGCCCCUGUUGCUAGCCAUUCACCUGCUCCUCUCGCGUCAGCCACAGAAUUCAAAUCAACCCCCAACACCCUCUCCGAAUCAUUUGCAGACAAAGUCCGCGUCUCCUCGCCGCCUCCGUCCACUCAAGCCGCCGAGCCAGCUGGCCCACCAACUCCCUGGCCGGCACGCUCUGAGUUCCCAGAGCCUUACACAAACUUCUACAUCGAUGCAGAAGGCGAAACUCUCUCGCGCCCGCCGACCCCCAAAAUCCCUGACAACGUCACAAUUGAUACGAGCGAAGACGCCGAGGGGGGUAGCGGCGGCGCAGAUGCAAAAGACGCGUUCGAGUCGGAUCUCGACAAGGCCUUCCUCAAGUUCUCUACCCGCCUCGGUCAUAAUCCAGAGCAAGUUCUGCGUUAUGAAUUCCGCGGUACCCCUUUGCUAUACUCGCAUACCGAUGCCGUGGGAAAGUUGUUGCAUGACUCUACCCCUUCUGCUGCCAAAGUCAGUACGAAGUCGAGCGGUGCGAGUCGUAUGCCACGGUGUCAGUAUUGCAGCAGUGAAAGAGUGUUCGAACUGCAGCUUGUCCCGCAUGCGAUUAGUGUUCUUGAGGAGGGGAGGGAGGGGGUUGGACUUGGGAAGGAUGAUGGCGGAAUGGAGUGGGGGACUAUCAUUCUGGGUGUUUGUAAUAGGAAUUGUGGGCCGGAGGAAAUUGGAGCGGUUGGGUACAGGGAGGAAUGGGCUGGCGUGCAGUGGGAAGAGGCUGCUAAAUAG